CACCUAAAAAAUAAAAAAUAAAAAAAAUAAAAGAAAAAAAAAUUAAAAAAAAAGGGGAAAUAACCAGAGACUCACAAACAGCCAUUGUCUUGCUCCCAUCUUUGAGGAAGAAACAGCGACAGCCACCCAAAAAGAAAAAGAUCACAAACAGAAACUAAUAUCUUUUUCUUUUUUCAGCCCCGAGGAGACAUGAAGAAGCCUCGAAGUGGCUCCUUAAUACUAAACGCUAUUAGAUGCCAAAACAUCAAAAACAGAAACAUCGAUGCUAGCAGCAAGAACAACACUAACAAUAACAAGAAUAACAGGAGAAGCUUCUAUGAGCUAUCUUUGUCCUUGAUUCUCUUGCUUUGGUGCCUUGUCUUGUUGUUCUACAGUAGACUUGGCCUUAGCCACGAGAAUGAAGGGAAUUUGACUCUUGUUAACAGAAGCAUAUCUGGUCCUGAUGUAUUUAAACAUAAGGUUUGCAAUGAAACAGUUUCACACAUUGCAGAGAGAAGCUAUAAUAAUACAAAUGGAGUGCUGCUAGAGCUUAAUCUGUCUUCCAGCUGUGACAAUUCCACGGUUCAUAUUAACAUUGAAAAUCAGAAGUACUCAAUUUCAGAGACUAAUAGGAUAGAAGAAAUAAUAUGGAGUUUCAUAGGUUACAGAUCUUUAGUGUGUAAAGCAGAAAGACUGGAUGGAUGGGAGCCAGGUAAAUCAAAGGAGCUACCUGGUGGGAGAACUCACCAUUCCACUUAUCUCAAUUUGGACGAGUUUCGUAACAUAACAAGGCAAGAGAAAGGCCAACAGGUGAGCAGUCAGCUUGUUAACAUCACUCACCGGCUUGAACCUGAUGGAAAAGAGUACAACUUUGCCUCUGCUAUGAAGGGGGCAAAGGUUGUGGCACAUAAUAAGGAAGCAAAAGGAGCAGAUAAUAUACUGGGGAAAGAUCAAGAUAAGUACCUAAGAAAUCCUUGUUCUGUGGGAGGGACGUUUGUUGUUAUUGAGCUUUCAGAGGAGACAUUGGUUGAUGUUGUCAAAAUUGGAAACUCUGAGCAUUAUUCUUCUAAUUUCAAGGAUUUUAACUUGUCUGGAAGUUUAAAUUAUCCAACUGAAACAUGGACUCAGUUGGGAAACUUUGUUGCUGCUAAUGUCAAGCAAAGUCAGAGCUUCAAGCUGCCUGAACCCAAAUGGGUGAGGUACUUGAAGUUGGACGUAAUUAGUCAUUAUGGAUCAGAAUUUUACUGCACAUUGAGUGUUGUUGAGGUGUAUGGAGUAGACGCUAUUGAGCGUAUGCUUGAAGAUCUCUUUGUGUCUUCAGGAGAAACUAGUCCCAAUAAAUUGCCUAAACCUGAUGCAACUGCAACACCACCAUUGAGGCCAGAGUUGGGCCCCACUGAUGAGAAAAGAAAUGGAAAAGUUCAAAAUGGGGCUGAUAGUGCUACUACAGGGUCAGAAAAAAUAGACGAUUCUCAACAGCUCCAUGCAACUACAAUGAAGGAUACUGUGACUAUAAGCAAGAUUCCUGAUCCUAUCCCUGAAGUUAGACAACAGCCAAUAAGCAGAAUGCCUGGUGACGCUGUUCUAAAGAUCUUGCUGCAGAAGGUGAGGUCACUUGAGUUGAACUUAUCUGUGCUGGAGGAGUUUAUCAAAGAAAUGAAUAGGAGACAAGGAGAAAUUUUACCUGACCUUGAGAAAGAGCUAUCCAGAAUUUCAUUUCUUUUGGACAAGAGCAAAGAAGAAAUUAAUGAUCUUAAGGAAUGGAAGGAAAAUAUGGAUAAAGGACUUUUGGCCCUUGAGUCAUGGAAAGCUACUGUCACAUCUCGUAUGGAUGCGUUGGUCCGAGAAAAUAUCAUGUUGAGAUUAGAUGUUGAAAAGGUUGUAAAUGAUCAAGCAAAUCUAGAGAGCAAGGAGCUUGCUGUAUUAGCAGUGAGUCUUUUCUUCAUUUGCUUUGCAACUAUCAAGCUAGUUUCAGCAAGAGUAAUGAAGUUUUUAGGAUCUUCUGAGUCGGAUAAGGUACGCCGAACAAGUAGAGGUUGGGUUAUGAUACUUAUUAGUAGCACAAUGACAAUAUUCAUCACUCUCCUCUCUAGCUAGUCCCUUCCCUUCUCUCUGUAACUUGAGAAUUUCGUUUCAACAUUUUUUGGAGAAUCUAAGUCGGAUACUAUAUGCCGAUAUGUUGAGUUUGGGUUUACGAUGCUUGUAAACAGACUAGCACUCGUUAACCUGCUUUCUAGCUAUCUUUGUAGCUCUAGAAAAAAUCAGAUUUUUCAUUCAUAUCUGGCCUUGGCCUCUAUUUUUGUAGCUUUCAUUCUACUUUAGAAAAUGUUGAUAUGUUAUUUUUAUCUUUUGCU